AUGCGCAACUUCAACAUCUCCAUUAUCGCAUUGCUUGAAUCCCACCACAAAAGUCGCCGCAAUAUCCUUCAGAUUCUCAGUUCUGCCAUUGUUUCCGGCCAUUUCUCCGGCGAACCCUUUGUGUCUAGCAAACUCCUCCUUCACUCUCACUCCGACGCCGAUGAUGAUGAUGAUGAAGCUGCUUUCGCAUUCUCUAAGGCCCUUUUCUUUCACAUACAGAACCCAAAUAUCUUCGCCUGGAAUUUCAUAGUCAAGGCCUAUUCUCGGAGCUCUUCACCUCAAGAAUCGCUCUCUCUUUACAAUCUCAUGCGACGCCGCGAUUCUCCUUUGUUUGGGCGUUGCUUGUUUCCACAAAAGGGUCAAGAGCUUCAUUGCUUGAGCUUCAAACUUGGAUUUGAGCUCGAUCUCUUCGUUCAGAAUGGGCUCAUUUCCAUGUACUCUCUGUGUGGUCUCAUGGAGGAAGCUCGAAGAGUUUUCAAUUUGCUUCCGGUUUUUGUUCGCGACGUGGUGUCUUGGAAUAGCGUCCUUUCUGGGUAUUUACAGUGCUAGCGCAAUGAGGAUUCCUUGAAGGUGUUUGUGGAAAUGAUGGAGGAUGGUUCGGUGUGGCCUGCUCAGGUGACUUUUGUGGGUGUUCUGACUGCUUGUGCUAGGAUUGGAUUUCUUGAUUUAGGGUGGAAAAUCCAUGGAUUAGUUUUAGGAAGUGGACUGGAAUUGAAUGUCUUCUUGGGUUCAUCUUUGAUCGAUAUGUAUGCUAAGUGCGGGAAGAUGGAGGAUGCGAGAAAAGUUUUCGACGGUAUUUCUGACAGAAAUGUGGUCUGUUGGAUUUCCAUGAUAGUGGGUUAUGCUCAGUCAGAUUCAUUCAAGGAGGCGAUUGAAUUGUUCAGAGAGAUGCAAUUACGUGGGGUUGAAGCAGAUGCGGCAACAUUUGGCAGUGUUGUAUCGGCAUGCGGGAAUUUGGGGGCAUUAAGCCAUGGUAGAUGGGUGCAUAGCUAUUCUGAAAGGUGGGGUUCUUUGAUGACCCUCUCAGUGAAGACUUCUUUGAUUGAUAUGCACUCAAAAUGUGGAGAUAUAGAAAGGGCCCUCCAGAUUUUCCAUGAAUUGUCUAACAGAGAUGUUAUUUCUUGGACUGCUGUGGUUACUGGUCUAACCCUGAAUGGGGAGUCCAGGAGGGCUUUGCACUUGUUUUCACAAAUGGCAAUGUCAAGGGAUGUCAUGCCAAACGAGGUCACUUUUCUGGGAGUAUUGUCGGCUUGUAGCCAUCGUGGAUUUGUAGCAUUGGGUUUUGUCUAUUUCAAUGCCAUGUCUCAAAGUUAUGAGCUCACUCCUCGCAUAGAACACUAUGGUUGUAUGGUUGAUCUUCUUGGCCGUGCCAAUCUUUUAAUCGAGGCAGAAAAGUUUAUCAGGGAAAUGCCAAUUCAACCUGACACAGUUAUAUGGAGAUCCCUGCUCUUUGCAUGUAAGACUCACCAGAAUAUAGAAUUGGCAGAGUUUGCUAUGAAGAAAAUAGAGGAAUUGGAACCAAGGAGAUCGGGGGUGCAUAUUUUGUUGUCAAAUAUCUAUGCUUCAGCAUCAAGGUGGAAAGAUGUGAAUAAGUUGAGGAGAGAUAUGGCUCUCCAUGGAAAGCCAAAGCAACCUGGUUGCUCAUUUAUAGAAUUAGAGGGUCUUGUUCAUGAAUUCUUUGCCGCAGAUUGUUCACAUUGCCAAAUUGAUUCCAUAUACAAGACAGUUUAUGGAAUUAGUAAAGUUAUACGAUUUGAAACAUUAGACUUUGAUAUCUUAAAUUGUCAGCAAUAGUGAGAUGAUCUUCAAAAUUGAGUUCUAUUGGAUCUUUACAAUUACUAGAUGAUUGUUUUGGAA